CAAAACAAAGAAGGCGAAGAAGAAGUAAACAAACUUUCGAUUUUUUUCGUUUGUGGGCGUUUUCGGAAAAAAUGGGCUUCAAGGGCAAAUAUCCGCAAAUGGUCCGGGAAACGGGUUUCAAGUUGAGGCAGUAUCGUGAUGGUCCACUGGAUUGGAGGCUAAUGGGAUCCUAUGAAACGGAUAGGAUUCUCAGGGAGCAAAACUUCGAGCUGGUGGACAAGGCAUUGCCACAUCUUUCUGAGGCUCCAUUGGGUACAGUUUUAGAAACGCACAUCCUGGACAGUGGUAUUGCCAAGUACUUUGUAAUGUCCCAGUACGCCAUUCAGUACCUGAUCUGCUGUCGCACUUACUUGGACGAAUGCGUCACGGACUUGAAAGAGGCUCAUUCGACGGCCCAGCAAGAGAUUGCAACACUUCGGAAGUCCUUAAGUGAAUCCAACAACGAGGUGGUCCAGCUGCACAAAAAGAUCACCCAGAUUGAGGCUAUUCGAGAGGUGGUUUACCCCUGUCAUCUGUGUCCCAAGAACUUUAUCAGCAACGAGGCCUUAAAUGUACACAUCGGUCGAAAGCAUCGUGCAGGCACACCCCCAAGCAUCACUUCUGCUACUGUAAAGGAUAAAGAUAAGGACACCGAUGUCCAUCUGAUCAACACCAUCAAAAUGGAACUGGAGAUCAAGCAACUGAAAGAACGCCUGAAUGCCGCUGAGCGGAACAUUAAGGAACGGAGCACGGGGUCGAAGAGGGUGAGUCCUCGCCAGGAACAGCGAACAGUUGGCAUCCAGAGCAAUCUGGUGGAAUCCAAGGAGAAGGAUGAGGACAGUGGCGAGGCAAGGCAGAGCGAGGCAAGCGAAAGAAAGGAACAGCUUACAGGCUUGGCAGAGCGGCUCAGCAACUUCGAGGAGUGGCAAAUCCAGCUUAAGCAGAGCAACGAACAGUUUAUACAAGACAUUAAUAAGAGGCUUGAAGGUCUGAGUCACGCCCUGGAGCAGAGCAAACAGGCCUCCGCCACCACUUCUCCGAUAAAAGAUCGUGUUGCCACGCCUUGUCUGGAGGACCUGGAGCGUAUACUGACUGAAAAAGUAACAGAGAUUGGAAAGAUCAGCGCUCAUAAACUAGAAGAGGUGGUUUUCCACCUUGAAGUGGGCUAUAAGGAAAAGCUUGAGGCUCUUGAACGGGAGCUCAAGGAGUUGAGCGCACGAAGGGAGAAGCCUGAACAUGUCCAUAUCUUGCCAGUUGCAUCGAAAAUACCCAAGCCGGUAACCCGCAAAGAGGAAACCAACAUGGAUCGCAUCCGAAAGCAAGUGGAGAGCGAGUUUUUGAAAAAGAAAAAAGAUGAUGAUACCUAUUCCAUUGAGGAGGCGCCAAGGAAAAGCCCCGAUAAGCCAUUUCCUGAGUUAGUGACUCAAGUUCAAGUUCAUAACGUGGAGAAGGAGCAGCCAAGUGCCGGAAGUUCGGGAAGCAAUCCAACCUAUACGAAGUCCCCGAGGGAGCCUGUUUCUAGAAAACCGGAAACAAGGGAAACCACAGACAUAAGUGAAAGUCUGAGCCAGGAGGAAAUCGAGAAUGCAGAGGAUCAGAGCCUAACGGAAGAGGAUGGCACAGAGGUUUCCACCUCCGAGUCGGAUGCACCUAGAGACGAACCAAAGCCAAGAACUAUAAAGGCUCCAGUGCGGAUAAGGAGCCCCCAAAGACCCUUAACCCGCAAGGAUGCCCGGAAAAUGGUCAACCGCAAGUUAAUGCCUCAUGGUUUCGACAUAAAAUCCAAGGGUAUUUCCCAUUCCUAUCUAAAGAGGGUGAACUCUGAGUUGGCUGAGCAACGCAACCAACUAAAAUUGCAAUAUCCUCACUUUUAUGCCACUCGAAAUCGCAUCCGGAAAUUCGUAGAAAAACUUUGCUCCGCCAAGUUCUCAGAACGAGCUGAACUGCUCCUCAAGCAAAAAAGUCCGCUGAAACCUAUGGAGAUGCCAAAGAAGCGUAUUCAAAGAUCCGUCACUUCGGAGAAGUCAGAGGAGGAUGGAAUCAGUUCUCAGGAGGAGGAACCAGAGGAAGACCAAUCGCAAAGUAGCGAACAACAGUCACGUAGUUCAAGUCCUCAACGGCCAGUUAGUCGGGACUUUAAAGCCCGUCUCGAAGAAAUUCUGGUCAAGCCGGCGGCCACUGUCCGAGGAGCUUCCAAGUCGUCCUUAAGCUCAAGGCCGGUUCCGCUUCCUAGGAAGCGAGUCAUGUUCAACACCCUAGAGAACGGAAAGACCUUUAAUGACAGAGAUAAUACAUUUAAGUGAAAUAAAUAAUACAAAAUAUUUAAAAUAAAAUAA